AUGUACACAUACUAUCGGUGUAACUACUCGCAUACAAAUAGUGGUGUUUCAACUAAAAAAGCCGAUUGCAAACAUAAAAUUACAAUACAAACACUUAAAUCGGGGAAGUAUAAAAUCAUGUGGUAUUUGAGGCACAACCACUUGAUUGAUCCAAUAAGAUUAGCAAUGCUGCCAAAACAACCAUUGCCUACCAUUCUUCCUUGGCCAGGAUUAGAAAUACCAAAAACACCGAUGAUCGAACUUGCACUUGAAAAUAACAAAUAUAAAUUCGCUGACAGAGCAUCCAACAAAAAAAGUGAGGCAAAUUUUGAUCCAGAUGUGCUUAAGACUUUAAAAAAUGUGUUAUUCAAUGUUAAGCGCAGGCAUGAAUUUGCUGUGUUCAAAAAACGUUCAACAAACUCUGAGAAUAGUAAAUUUUGUGAUGUGGGAAAUUCUACAUUGGAUCCUGAAUCUAUGUGGUAUUUUGGUAUUAUUCAUUUAUCUGAUAUCGAACGCAUUCAAAAUACACAAAUUGUUUUUCUAGGCUGCACCACUAUUUUGAGUGAAGGGUUAUAUAACGACAAUGUUAAGUUGUAUAGUUUUUUCACCAAAAAUGUUAUAACCGGGGAUGGGAUAUCAAUAGGAUAUUUAAUGACCAACACAGAUUCUCAUGAACCGAUAGCAUCUUUUUUGAGAUGUUUUGUUGAAAGGGGAAUACAAAUCAAAAGGUUUGUUACUGAUUAUUCGCUUAAAAUAGUGCAAGCUAUCAAUGAAGGGUAUAAUGUUGGGAUGCCAAACCAAAGUCAGAAUUUCAAUGCUCUUAUUACAUUCUCCACCCCACAAAUUUUCGAAGCGUUUGAUUAUCAAAUUAUAUCACUUAUAAAAAACACACUCACAAAUGAUAAUUAUAUUCCAGAUAAUUACGAGGAUUACAUAUUACAAAAAAAUUUUGGUGGUUUUUUUUUCCAUUCAAACCAAUUAUCAAAAGGAGUAACAAAGGAGCAAGUACUUUGUAAUCAGGAUAUUGCUCGUAAUUAUUUGACUCGACUCAAACACAAGAAAACUAUUGAAGAAGCUCGUGAACUUUUGGGAGAGAUUGAAAACAAAUUUAAACAAUAUCCGGAGUUUAUAGAAUGUACCAAGAAACAUUUUUUGGAAUCUGGUCUAUAUUGGUUAGAUUGUUAUCUCGGUAGACAUAGAGCAAUGUCUAAUAAUUAUCUUGAUGAUUUCAACCGAGAUUUGAGAUUCAAUCAUUUCAAACAGGGAAGAAGAUAUAGUCCAGAUAAGAUCAUAACGUUGAUGGUUCUGUGGUUUUCAAGAAUUUUUAAUCGGUCAUAUCCCUCACUUAGGCCUGUACCACGGGAGAGACAUAUUGACGAUGCAGAAAAAGAUUCAAAACGUUUAGCCGGUUAUAUCCCAGCAAACCAAAUACCUGAAAUGGUUAUUGUUUCUCCUAGUUGCAUUAGUGUUAAAUCAUUCAAUGGACCAAAUUUUUACAAUAUUUAUUGUGAUGGACGUGGAGUUUAUUACUGUCAAUGUCCAUUCAACAGUUUUUCAAUGGAUUAUUGCAAACACAUUUACUUGUAUAAACGUUAUCAAAAAUUGAAAGAAGAGGGAGCUAUUAUUGUCCAACAACCAAGUAUUGCAACUAAUAUUCAUCUGAAUGCUACUCCUUUGGUUGAAGGUAGAAGUGAUCCAGCCAAUUCAGUCCAAAAUAGUAUUCCAAGACCAUUGACCGGUAAUGUAGAAUCUGGUGCAUCGUUGCUGGCCGAUGACGAAAAUGAUGUUGUUUUUGUAAAGGAAAGAACGAUUCCUGAAUCAUCCAAGAGUGAAGAAAGUGAAAUCAUACAGGGGGUUUAUAGUGAGAAGGUUGCUAGAAAUAUCCAGCAAUGGGAAGAGAAUAAUAAUAGUCUUGAUGCGGAGGUCAAAAAAUCCGAGGAUAGGUUGAAAAUUCAAAGGGAAAAGUAUGAAAAACAGAUCAAAUAUGCUUUGAAACAAAUGGAAUUAGCUAGAAAAGAAGAACGGGAGUAUCAACUCCAAUUUGCAGAAAAUCAUAAGAUUCGAAAGAAACGUGAUACGGCAAGAAUAAAAACUAAAGAGCAUAAGCAAACGUUGGAGAAAAUACAAAAAAUAGAGGAAAUGAUCCGAAGUAAUAAUUGCAACGAGAUCGAUAAAAAGGCAAAAAUUCAUGAAAUCAAACAAUUGUAUAAUUCAACCGCCCCAGAUCCAGUUACAGCAUCAAGUUGA